AUGAAUUUGGACGGCACUUCAGGUGGUUUCCCAGCUGAAGAGGAUCAUCAUAAUGAAGAAAGACAAACAAAGAAUAAAAGAAAAACAAAACACCGACAUAAAUUUUCUGAAGAAUUAUUGCAGGAACUUAAGGAAAUAUUUGGAGAGAACUGUUAUCCUGAUUACACAACUAGGAAAACACUGGCCAUCAAAUUUGAUUGUCCGGUAAAUGUGAUAGAUAAUUGGUUCCAGAAUAAAAGAGCCAGACUUCCACCUGCAGAAAGACGCAGAAUAUUUGUUCUUCAGAAAAAGCAUGAUUUUCCAGUCCAAGCCCAUUCAUUUUUAAGCUGCCAGGAGACCCAGGCUGCAGCUCACAACUAUGCCACCAAGCAGAGCCUCUCUGGUGCCCAGAGGGCUCUGAUGAGAAGAGCUGGUUGCUCCCAUCUGGAGAAACAGUGGAUUCCCAGUCAAGAGAUGGGCUACAAUUGCUUCUCUUUGGAGAACCAAGAGACUCGCAGUCAACAGGUGGGCCCCCAGUGCUCUUAUCUGGAGAAACCAGGGAUUCCCAGUCAACAGGUGGGUUCCCAGUGCUCCUAUCUGGAGAAACAAGGGAUUCCCAGUCAACAGGCGGCCUACCAGAACUCCUAUCUGGUCACAGGCACUGAAAAGCAUCCAGGCUAUGCUAUGGGGUAUGGAGGUGACACAGGAAGUGGGCAUUCUGGAAGUGGGCAUUCUACUGCCUAUCAUUUUCUCAGCUACAACUCUGCAGAAUGCCUUCAUCCUCCCCCAUCUUCUGUGCCGUAUUUUCAUGGAGAAAGGACUGAAACCAGGGAAAGCCAGCAUGCAAGUCCCUUCCUUUUGGAUUACACUCAAGGUGCAUAUGGGGUGAAGAAAGACCAUUGUCUUUGCUCAUUCUGUCUCUCACUGCUGCGAGAACAGCAGCAGAAUGAUUGGCAGUAUCACCUGCAGCAGCACCAACAGCCUCAGAAUUACUUAGAGGGGAUGAUGUUGCAGGAACAUCUCCCAGUGGACUCGGGUCCUUGGGAUCUAGGGAAGCAGUGGUCCUCGGCUCAGUCACAGCUGCAGAGUCAACUGCCUCAGAAUAAUGGAAAGCCGUUGUGCUCUCAACUGCAGCACAUGUCUCUCCAAAUAGCUGCCGACUCACCCCUGCUGCCUCUGGGGCAAGAUAUGCAGGAAAGGGCUUCAAGCAACCCAGGACCCAAAUGCAGCAACUUUAAGUUGAGGAGUGGACAAGGGUCUGCAGCAGGGAACCAAGGAUGCAGCUCUGCAAAGUAGUGCUAAGUGUCAGAGAAACACAGUCUCAGGUCAGGCCCACAGUCACCCACACAGUAGCACAAGGCAGAGCCCUUACC